ACUGCAGGGGAUCAUUAGCUCCCCGAAAGUGAAAGCAUUCUGAAUCAGGAAGUGUCGGGAGUUAACAUGGCUUCGAAAGGACCGGCCGAGAGUUUGAGCGAGGAGCUAAUUUGUCCUGUCUGCCUGGAUUUCUUCACCGAUCCGGUUACACUGGAGUGUGGACACAACUUCUGUCGCUCUUGUAUCACACGGUAUUGGGAAAGGGAGCGGAGAAACUCCUGCCCGGAAUGUAGAGAGGUGAUUGCUGACCGCACCCUCAGGGUGAAUCGGGCCUUAGCAAAUCUGGCUGAAAAAGCUCGAAAUCUAAACCUGUAUCCGAAAGGGAAGGAAAGUAAACGUCACUGCGAGGAACAUGAGGAAGAACUGAAGCUGUUUUGUGUAACGGACAAGACACUGAUCUGUGUGAUCUGUGCAGUGGCGGAGGAACACAGAGAGCACCGCUUCAGGCCGAUUAAAGAAGCUGUUAAAAUCUACACGGAUCAGCUAAAAUCUUCCUUAGACUCUCUCACAAAAAAGAUAUUAGACUUCCAGGAAAAGGAGCAGCAACAGAAAGAGAAGAUUUCCGGAGUUCAGGAACAGUCACACAGCCUUCAGUCCCACAUCACAUCCCAGUUUGCUGAACUGCGCCAGAUUAUCACUGAGAAAGAGCAGAGCUUACUCAGGGAACUCAGGGAAGAAGAGAAGAGGAUUCUCAAUCCAAUGGAGAAAAAUCUUCGGGAGAUUCAAGAGAAUAUAAGGAUUAUUCAGGAGGAAAUCUCAAAGUUAAAGGAACAGAUGGAUCAAAAAGACAGUGUGAUGUUUCUCAAGGAGGAAGCUCGUCGGAACAGGAGGAUUAAUGAUGAUAUCCAGGAAUUAUCAGUGACAGAUGAGACCCUAUCGGUUGAAAAAUUCGAUCACCUCUAUUUGUUGAACACAGUGCUGAGAGAAACGCUUGAUGCUAUUAAUCGAGUAUCUGUCACCCUGGAUGUGGAAACGGCGGGUCCGUAUCUCGAGGUGUCUGAGGAUCGGAAGAGUGUGAGAUGGACCCGGACCGUGACCUGGAGGAAUCUCCCUGACACCGGGAAGAGAUUCACACACUGGGCUUGUGUGCUGGGAUCAAAGGGAUUCACAUCGGGGAGACAUUACUGGGAGGUGGAGGUGACGGGGAAUCGGGACUGGUUUCUGGGAGUCGCUGUAGAGUCUGUGGAGAGGAAGAGAGGGGUUAGUCUGAGUACGGAGACCGGAUUCUGGGUCAUCAGGCGGUAUUAUGACGUGUUACAUCGGGAUUGUGACGUGUUCGGUGGUCCCCCCUCCCCUGAGUCCCGUCUCACUGCCGGUCCCAUCCCCGGGAGGGUGCGAGUUUAUCUCAGUUACGAGUCCGGGACAGUUUCAUUUUACAACGCGGAGACCAAGUCCCAUCUCCACACCUUCACUGGGAAUAAAUUCACGGGGAAACUUUAUCCUUUCUUCGCGGCCUGGGAUGAAAACCAGUGGCUGAGAAUCUGCUCCGGUUCAGCUCCGGGUCUGUAAAUGGGUCGGGUCCCGGGACCGGUGUCAGGAGUAAAGUCCCUGUAAAUAUAAAUGUGCGGAGAGUGCAGCUAAAUACAUGGCUAAGGAGAUGGUGAGGAGGGAGGGCUUCAUGUUUCUGGACAAUUGGGCUUUGUUCCCUGGAAGAUGGGACCUGUUUCUACGGGACGGUUUGCCCCUGAACUGGAGGGGGACUAACAUCAUUGCGGGUGGAUUUGCCAGUGCUGCUCCGGGGGUGGGGGGUGGGGGGUGGCUGUGGUUAAACUCGAUUUGCAGAGGAAGGGGAACAUGAGGUUGUAAAUUAAUUUUCAGGAGUUUAGAAAUUGUAGAAAAUAAAGAUUUCCAAAAAGAUUUUAAUGAAGAACAUGAAAAGAACAUAUGUGAAAAAGUGGCUACUUCAGUUUUACACCUAUCGCAAUAAUUGUCUAUGUUAGGAAAUAUUUUGGAUAGUCUCUCCUUUAUUAAAUAGUAACAGUGAACAAUUUUAAAUUGAAUUAAACAGUGAUUGGCACAUAUCGAAGAAGAAUUGACCAUCUUCAUUAACAAAGGUCAUAUUAAGUUCUCUCUCCCAAUCUUGUUUAAUUUUUAGUGAUUAAGGGGAUCUGUUUUCUUUUUGCAGAUUUAUUUUGUGAUGGUCGAUUGAUGACUUCUGAAGGGUUAAUUAGCAAAUAGUCUCUCUCUCGUACACACUUUCUGCAACCUCUUCAGUCUCUGUCAUCCUGGAUGUGGAAACGGCGCAUCCGGAGCUCGAGGUGUCUGAGGAUCGGAAGAGUGUGAGAUGUACCCGGACCCGGAGAGAUCUCCCUGACACCGGGAAGAGAUUCACAAAUCGGGCUUGUG